CCUGUGACUCCGACGCCACCCCCAGCCCCGGCCCCAGCGCCGGCUACAUCGACCGGCAAGUGCCCCGUGGACACACUGAAGCUACUUGCGUGCGUGGACGUGCUCAAUGGGCUGUUGCACGCGGUGAUCGGCAGUAGCGCCAGGAAUACAUGCUGCCCGCUGCUGUCCGGCGUUGCCGACCUCGACGCUGCUCUCUGCCUUUGCACCACCAUCAAGGUCAAGGCCCUCAACAUCAACCUCAUGCUGCCCAUCGCCAUCGAGGUGCUCGUCAACCAGUGCGGCAAGAGAGUGCCGAAAGACUUCCACUGCCCUAAUUAAGCUCCAUAGAUUACUAUAUGUACUAUCAGUAUCACCUGCAUAUGAAUGUGAUACAUGCAUUAAAUUCUCUUGUGUGGUCACACAGGUGACAUAUCGAAGUGUAAUAAUCUAUAUGUACAUGGAUUUGCAGCUCUGACUCGCUACUUGUGACGGGGAGCUGUGGAGCAUGCGUACAUUGUGUUUGUGUAACAGCGUAUCCUAUAGUA